AUGGAAAACAAAAAAAUCAGAGGCAAUCGAAUGGACGAUGAUCUACGUGAGAGGAAGAUUUCAAGAGGUUUGGUGCGACAUGUUUUGACAAGGAACACUGGUGACAGGAUUGCUUUGGGGAGAGUAACAAGACAACUCGACAAAGAAAGGAUAGCAAAGGAAUUGGAUUACCAACAACAGAAACAGAAGCUUCUACUCCAGAAGUUUGAAUCUCAGAUGAAAGAGCGAUCCGCGAAGGAUUCUCAAGAAACAUCAAACGAGCUCGAUGGCACAGCGGGGUUGCGAAAGGCGACUGGAAAACAUGUCAUGUCGCGGUUUAGAAGUUAUUCCGAGCUGGAAAUGUCGAGCUCACAAUUGCAAAGGUUGAAGUGUUCUGCAGAGAUUCCUGAGGCGCUUGAGAAAAAAGCGAAAACAAACAGGGCACUCAAUUAUUCGCGACUGGCAGUCGAAAAGAGAGCAAACGAAACUAACCGGCCGAGGUUACGCAAAACAGGAGUGAUUAAAGCUCCGGAGCGUUCAGGCCUUGUUGAGGAAGUGAGAAUGAAGCGGACUAAGACGCUAUCAGAAAUUUUACCUCCAGUUAUUCUUCCACCAAUAUUUCAAUCUGGCGCAAGUUCAUUGGAAAAGAGGACUGUUCUGGAGAACCAGCGGACACAAGCAAAAGAAUCUUUUUCCGAGGGUUCUGGCUCUAAUCAGACACCAAUGAUGACUGAGAUAAGAGAGUUAGAGGACCUGGAGGACUGUCGAUAUCUUAGAAAGAGCAAUUUUCGAUAA